GAGGGGGGCCGACCCUAAAUUCGCGCGCCGACCCCCGGCUGGCCGGUAAUGCGGAGCCCGGCCCUUCUGUCGCUUCCGGGGCUCGGUGCUACCUUUCGUGCCCGGCCGGCACCGUUUCCUGUGCCGGGGCAGCGCCCAACGGCCUCAUGGCACAGAUUUCGGGAAGACUCGGGCUGAGAGGUCAGCAGGGACUCUCGGGGUCGCUCAGGUGGGAAGUGACAGCCAGACGAUGGCCCCUCAUCCGGAAGGCCCUUGAUCUCCCCGCACCAGUGCCGGGAUCCUUGGCGUCCUGGACGAGGUCGCCCCCGUCAGAGUCGGGCGUCCGGAUUCGCAGGCGCGGCCGUGUCCGCCCAGCCCGGGAGCCGCUAGUCCGCUGGGCCCCGGCCUCGUUCGUUCCCUUUCCGCCCGUUUCAGUUUAUUUCCCAUGAAGUCUGCUGGCUGUCACCUUGGAGAUGUUCACAAGGAAACAAGUGAAGCAACUUCUGCGGAGGAUACCUGGAAAACAGCGCUUUGGUGUCUAUAGGUUUCUUCCUUUCUUCUUUGUUCUGGGAGGAGCAAUGGAGUGGUUUAUGAUCAAAGUCCGAGUUGGCCAGGAGACCUUCUAUGAUGUUUAUCGAAGAAAAGAAUCAGAGAGACAGUACCAAAGAAGGCUGGAAGAAGAAUCUUGAGAAGCAUGAAUGGUGGAGCCUUACUUUUCAACAAAAUAAGUAGCCAUAACUUUUAAGUCAAAUGUGAAUGUGAACUGUUUUCACUUUGGGUUUCUCUAUCAUGUAAGAAACCUAUUAGUUAGUGCCCUCUUGUGGCCAGAUCAUGGAUCUUCACCC